AUGCAGCACGGUCAGCCACAGCCAAAUACCUCCAGAAAUUUCAGGUGUCCUGGUCCAGGUGUGUUCCAGUGUACUUUGACUGGACUCAUGUUUGAUGUGAGUCAGGGGGCAGAGCUUCUGUACAGAACUGCCCAAUGGGAUGAAAGACUCCUUCAACAAGCCAGUAAGAUUGCUGCAGGCCCGCUGUUCAACAUCGAGAGUUCAGAGGAUGCAAUCCAUCAGCUCCACCUACCACAUUGUAUACCAAAACACGCUCUGCACUCCAACGGUUUGUCUGUCGUCCAUAUCUCUGAUGGUGAGAUGGAAAUCCUCAAGCCCCUAAACAUCAUAGACACACAUGUGAUUGUGGAAGUUACUCACCUCUCUUCCUUUGGCCUCGUCUGGCCUUUGGACAUGCUAAUGAGCUUAUGGCACCAGGAGAAAACCAUUUUGGGCCAAGUUUUGCUGUUCCUUCGUCCACCAAACCCCAGAACACAGACGCAAAACAUCAAUGUGUUUCUCCUGCCAAGGAACAUCCCAGUGAAAGAGGAGAAAAAAUUUCACCCUGAUUUUGGACCAAACUACCAUCCAACAUUUGAGGUCCGCCUUCCUGCAAACACUGAAGAAGUGCUGAUAACAGUCCAGGACCAAGCACAGACAGAGGUCUGGAGAUGGGACACUGAUCUGACCGAUGUUCAGAGCAGAGACAAUCAGCCAAGGCUCCAGAGCCUCCCAGCAGACAAGCGUCUGUUCUCAGUUCGGAUUCAGUUUGUGGAAAAGGUGUCGGAUUCGACUCUGAACCAGCUGCUGGACAGGCUGCUCCAAGAAGAAAUUAUAACUAUGGAGGAAAUGGAAGCAGCCAGAAUCAAACCCAGGGCUGAACGAGCUCGAGAUGUUAUUGAUGUGGUGCGAAACAAAGGAGAAAGAGCCAGCUCAUUCCUGAUUGAUGCUCUCUGUGAGUUGGAUAAACACCUUUUUGGCAGCCUCGGCCUCAGCUAAGGUGGAGCUUCAGCUGGAUCUAAACAUUAAAUGCUUCACUCAUCAUACAUCAUCAUACUUUUAAA